AUGCCAAAGCAAAGCAAGAAAAGCAAGUCUAAGCGCGUGACUCUAAAACAGAAGUACAAGGUCAUCAAGAAGGUCAAGGAGCACCACAAGAAGAAGAAGAAGGAGCUGAAGAAGCUGGGCAAGAGGGCGCCCAAAGAGAAGGACCCCGGGAUCCCCAAUCAAUGGCCCUUCAAAGAGGAGCUCAUAAAGGAGCUGGCGUGGAAGCGCAACCAGAUACUGCAGCAGGAGAAGGAGAAGCGCGACGAGCGCAAGCGGGCGCGCGAGGAGCGCGAGGCCAUGGAGGAGGACGGCGCCGCCCAGAAGGAGAUGGAGGCGCUGCAGCAGGGGGCGGCGGCCAAGGAGGCCGACUUUGAGACGAGGAAGAAGGCGCGCCUCACGGCCGGCAGCGGCGGCGGCGACCAGGACGGCUCCCGCCGCGCCUUUUACAAGGAAUUCAGGCGCGUGGUGGAGGCCAGCGACGUGGUCAUCCAGGUGCUGGAUGCGCGCGACCCCGAGGGCUGCCGCUGCGUCGACGUUGAGCGCUACGUGCGCUCCCUGGACCCCAACAAGCGCAUCGUGCUGCUGCUCAACAAGAUGGGUGCGCACACAUGGGCUUUUUGGAGGGGCUAG